AUGACUAGUCAGGAAGCCAUGGAAGCUGAAUGCUUACAUCAAUUUGGAGUUGCACCGAGAACGAGUGAUUCCAGAGGAAGUUACAUCAAGAUGACCUGGAUUAGAAAUGUGAAAGAAGGAUUAAUUUUGAAUGAUCGAGUUGCCAUGGAAAAGUAUGUUAAAUGCCAUAUAUUGUUGUUGUCUGGGUCAAUCUUAUUUGCUGAUAAAUCUGGGUUAGCAGUUCACUGGAAAUUUCUUCCAUUGCUUCGUGACUUCUCACGGAUACACGAAAUUAGCUGGGGAUCGACAUCCCUAGCACACUUGUACAAAGCAUUGUAUAGAGCAUCUCGAUUUGAUUGUAAAGAGAUUGACGGUCCACUGAAAUUGUUGCAUAUCUGGGCUUGGAUUCGUAUGCCGUUUCUUGCUCCGAUUUCUAGAACCCCGCGGUUCUUUACACUGGCUAACCGAUGGCGUAACUGGGAGCAUCAUAAUUGGCCAUAUAGAUAUCAUAUUGUUGCUUAUUUCAGAGGAUUGUUAGAUGAAGUUCAGGAAGGUCAGUUUGUUUGGGAAGCUUACGGUGUUGAUCGAAUAGAGGCAGAUGUCAUUCCAGAAGACAUCUGUAGUCAAUCAGAAAUUGGAGUGCAACGGUGUAGGAGAUCAUUUGGGUUCGUACAAGGUGUCCCACAUCAGGAGAGGUCUCUAGAUGGCCAACAUGGUGAGAUUUUGACCGAAUCCAAAAAUUUGGAUGGUCUGUCACACACAGAUUUUGGAUAA